GCACCAUUUGCGUCUUCAACUGAUACAUUUAAGUUUCUCUCGUUGUUAUCGUCAAGAAAGUAAAGCCACAUUAAAAUGCGACUGACCUACGGUACGUAUAAAUAAAUCUGACAUAGUUGCCUGAAGAGAAGCAUCUGAAAUAAUUUUUGAUCAGGGUUGUUUUCUUUUAAAUCAACACUUUAAAAGCGGGCAUACAAUUGUUUAAACUAGGCCAAGUCUUUGCUGAAAAUAUUUCUUACAAUUUCAUUUCCCGAAACUGUAAGGCAUAUAUCGAUAGGUCCAUUGAGUGGGUGUACUGAGGCAAAGCCUGUGACCAAGCAGUGGUAGUCUUGUUAUCGGUGUAGAUAUUGUAAGCUCCAUGACGCGACAGUCAACCCAGUCAUUUACCUGCAUAUGAACCAGGCUAGACGUUUACAGCACUUACAUCAAGGACAUAACAUUUGGGUAAGUUUACGGCAUUAUAUAAGGCUGUCGAAGGUAAGCUACGCUUAAAGGUAACUAAUGAGAUCUGUUUGGUGGGGUUUAAAGAUAAGUAUGACUUUCGGUUAAAGUGAAAUAUUGUUUUCAAAGAAGCAAUGGCUACUUACUACUAGCACUAAAGGUAGCAGUCCUUCGCUCCUUGUCUUAGAUUCUCCUGUAUUGUGUUUGGUCAACAAGUAAUUUCAACAUAUUCGUGCCUGCCGUCAUCCUAUAUUAUUUUUAAACAUAUUAUUUUCUAAAAUCAAUAUCUGUUGAGAUCCCAUAUCUGUUGAUUCCUACAAUAAAAUCACGAAUAAAGAGUAUUUAAUAUAAGAUGUUUUACAUCUAUGUUCUACUGCAUUAAAUGUGAAUGAUCUUAUUGGUGUCAGAAGGAGAUCAAAGUUAUUUCCCAAUUCUAACUCAAGUACUUUUAAUGUACGAUUGCCUUUGAAAAUACUUUUUUUUUUCAAUUCUUUUAAAUUGUAACGUUUAUGAUCUAACUACUAUUUAGCUGUCCUAGGUAGUGUUCUAUCGAACCCGUUAAUGAACUUAAUGAAAAGUAUCAUAUUGGAGUGUUUCCUUAUUUAAAAUUAGGUGUCAUUUACUCCCGUAAUAGAUUAUGGGUUUUAUUCUUGUAACAAAGACGCGAAACGCAGGCGAUUCAAUUGCAUAUGUGCUUAUUUUUUUACCUUUUGUAAUAGAUUAAAAAAUUUUGGAAAAGGGUUGGGGGGUCUUUAGAAUCAAAGAUUGGUCAAUGGGAUUAAUCCGUCAUUGAUUGAUAAUCUUGUGUUUUUAUCGCGAGUAACAGCAGUUAAAUGGAUUUUUCGGACAUUGUAGGCAUAAAGAUACACAUAUUCAAAUCUGGCAGAAUAGAAACAAAGGAUCCACCAUAUUGGAAAUACAUGAAAUGGCAAAAAAUCAUAACGCAACCGAAGACAAGUCAGCUACAGACAUUAGGAUCGUCCACCAUCUUGGAAAAGAGCUGAGAGCUCCGUUCGAACAAAGGGCCAGAAGGUGCUCAAGAGGUCAUCGUACUCUCAAGAACAUAACAGCUUUCCUGGCAACAUAAUGAUUCACCAGACACCUUGAUUCAUAUCAAUUUUAAGGAACAAUGAAAGACUCAAAGACUUCCAAGCCUGACAACAAUAUGCAAUGCUACAAAAACUAAUUUUAAUUUAUUUGCAUCAAUAAAAGUUGAUCAACGUAUGUAAAUGUAGCAUUAAAUUUGUGUCGGCAUUCUUAAUCUAAAUUUUUAAUUUGCUUUAACAUUAUUAUUGUUUCGUUUCCUCGUCAGGGUUAGAGGUCAUGGAUAUGAGAACAGUGUAUCUGUUAGCAUUCAUCAUUACAGUGAAAUUUUGCACUGCAUCUCCAACGCAAAAAGAUUUUGUGUGUCAGAAGGGUCAGUAUCUAAUUCCAGAUGCAAGCAACGGGCCAUAUUGUCAACGGUGUCCAGAUGGAGCGUACAUUCCAUUUGACAACCACAAGUCACAGUUCUGCACACCGUGUACCCAGGCGGUGAAGUAUGAACACGAGAUUGUGCUACAAAACUGUACCACAACGCACGACACGGUCAUUGGCUGCAUCAGAGGUCACUUCCGGGUUGAAAACUCAGUCGGGCCGAUCAAGGAGGGCGAUUGUUACAAAUGUACGGACUGUAAGACCCAUAACAUGUUUGAAGUAAGGGCUUGCGAUGAGACAACUGAUACAGUGUGCUGUCCACGGCCCGGAAUGAUGGUGAUCACUGAUGAGCACGGGCACCAUUGUUCGUGAGAAUCAUGUUUCAGCGUAUAGCGGAAUCCAAUGUUUACGUAUACAUUUUAUAUUAUGCGUGUAUUAAGAAUAAAUCAAAUCUAUGUACAUUGUUUCUUUUCGGUGUUUCUUUUGGUUUUUUUAGGGUUACUGACAUGCGGCCCGCAAAGUGCUGACUCGCGAUCAAAAUGGCCCGUGGAGAUAUUUGGGUUGGUUUCCCUGGUAUAGGCUUUAUGUAUAUUUCCCCUAUCGCAAUGAGAUAGAACAUACUGAGGAUGUUUUUGCAGACAACUCAGAAUUUUUUGCUUGGACCAGAAGUAGGAGGGUUUGUUUUUUGUUUUUUUGACCUGCUGUCUCCAGGAGAGUUUCCAGAUUAAUGGGCUAUAAACAGACGUUAUUUCGUUAUAUUUAAUUCAUUAAAUUCGCUUAUUUCUAAUUGGCUGUGAGCGCACCAGUGAUAAUUCAUUAGCUCUAUGCACCGGUAACAAACCCAGCCUAAAUGACGCCUGUGGGGGUUGUCCCAAAAAUGUGCAACCCCAACCCCAACCCCAACCCUAACCUGCCUCAAAUUUUCAGAAGACAUAUUUUCGGUCAGCGUAAAUUUCUGCGCGAGAACUUUGAUUCAAGCAAAAAUUUUCGACGGAAGUUUGCUAGAACGGAAAUUAAUUCGAACUUAGAUUUGAUCGAAAUGAUUUUUUCUUUAAAUUUAAAAAAAUGGGAGAAAUACAAACAAAAGACAAAUGUUAUUAACAAGCUUACAUUUUCCCCAUUACUUACUCCCAACUAGCAUUAAAUUGAUCAACCCCCAACAACAAAAUUUUCCGUAUAUAUCCUUCAUAAAAUGUAAUAUAGAUCAAGGGGGGAUGGGGCUGAAAAUUUGACAAAACAUACAUUCGAGUAACGCACUUUAUAAGAAUCAAAAUUAGUCCGCCCCCCACCCCCCAAAGCUCGCAAACGCAAUUUUUUUUAACGCCCCUGAACUAAUUUUUUUUUAAAAAGAAUCUCAUUUGGCGCAGCUAUCGGUAAUUUUCCUUCAUUUCCCCUUGAAAAACAGGGAGCCUGAGCCUCGAGUAACUUAUUAUACCAGGCAAGUAUGUACCAAACUACGUUCAUACUAAGUAGUGAUGUUCUUCAUAAAUGAACCUUAUAAAACAUAUACGUAUAUGGAUACAUAUAUUCACAUUUUUAAUUGUUUUUCAUUAAAAGCAGCCCCUUGUUAAGAUUUACUAGAAACAUUAGCUUUCAAAUACAGAUUUAAAACUAGAAUGUUUGCGACUUGUUUGCGAAAGACUGAAAAACUCAUAAUAUAAAGUUUUAAGUUGUUGUUUUUUAUCUACAGGCUAUCACACCUCAUUAUUCGCUAGUUAACAAAAACAUUAUUAUCUAGGUAUCUAUUAAACAACUAGAGCAAUGGUUCUCAACCUUCCUAAUGCCGCGAUCCUUAAAUAUACUCAUGUUGUGGUGACCACCAACCAUAAAAUUAUUUUCGUAGCUACUUCAUAAAUAUGUGUUUUCCCAUGGUCUUAGGCGACCCAUGUGGAAGGUUUGUUUGACACCCCCCCCCCCCAAACCAAGGGGUCGCGAUCCACAUGUUGAGAACCGCUGAACUAGAGGCAAGUGUAAAACAUCCCAAGUAAUGGUGACCACCAACCAUAAAAUUAUUUUCGUAGCUACUUCAUAAAUAUGUGUUUUCCCAUGGUCUUAGGCGACCCAUGUGGAAGGUUUGUUUGACACCCCACCCCCCAAACCAAGGGGUCGCGAUCCACAUGUUGAGAACCGCUGAACUAGAGGCAAGUGUAAAACAUCCCAAGUAACUUUAACAUAGUUUUUCAGACAUUAAUGACCAUAACAACUAAGCAAUUAUAAAAUCAACUCUUUCAUAGUUAAAUUCAGUAUAUAAAUUUAGUAUGUGCAUACGUUUAUUUAAAUAUAAAAAAUACGAGGCUAGUUUUGCGAAUAUAAUUUAACUCAACUAUCAAAUUUUUCUCCAGUUGACAAUUUUUUAAUAGAAAUGAAAAUGUUGGCAUAUAACCAGUUUGAUCAAUUGUAAAGCAUCGAUAAAUUGAUGUGAUGUUCAUUCAAUAACCGUACAUAUAAUGUAAUACUUUAUUGACAUUAUUGAUACCUCACUUGUAAAUGUUGUAUUAUUUUAAUCAAUGUACAUCAAUAUUUAAAAAUUAGUCAGUUUUAUAAUAAUUUUUAAAAAAUUGUUUAAAAUUAUCAUCGAAAUUAUACAAUAAAUUUUGAAUAUGCUUUUUAGUGAACCCAUUUUUAACAUUAUUUUAUUGUAGCUCUCAUAAUGUUUCUAGUAUAGAAUGUCUCAAUAAAUGCAUGUCAAAAAUUAAAAAAUAGUUAAUUGUAAGACAGUCAUAAAUAGAUAUAUUGUAUAUAAUUUCUUCCAAGUGCCAUCUUCGGGGUGACGAAGGAUUAAUUGUGGACUGCUGUAUUAAAUUAGGGGUUGCCAACCGUCCCUAGAUUUUCCGACAUGCCGUAAGAAUCUGGCAUUAAACGUCCGUAAAUCUCCAUAAAAAAUUUUAAGGUGGCCGUAAAUAAUAGUACAUAGUACACGCAUUUUUUUUUAAUCGAAACAACGCGGAAUAUCUCAAUUUUAGUGGUUGCUUCUUAUUUUAAUAUGGAAACUUCAAAUAUCAUAAUAAGCUGAAAUGCAAAACUGAUGAGAAUGCGAUACAGUGAAAUAACUUUUUUUUUCAGACCUUGUGGUCCAAUAACAUUGAAUAAAUAGAGUAGUGGUUCUCAGUUCUCAGCCUGUGAGUCGCGACCCCUUUUGGGGGCCUAACGACCAUUUCAUGUGGGUCACCUAAGACCACCGGAAAACGCAUAUACUCUACCGUUUUGAAGUAUUAACGAAAAUAAUUUUCGGGGGUGCGGGUCGCCACAAAAUGAUGAACUGUAUAAAAGGGCCGCGGCAUUAGGAAGGUUGAGAACCACUGUAAUGGAGUCAUUCACAAACAUUAAAUAUCAUAUGAGUACGAAUUUUUUUAAAAAUUAACUUUGAAAAUUUAUUUUUGAAAUGUGAAACUAAAAUAUUUCUUUUCCGUAUAAAUGUGAAGAUUUAUAUCAUAUGUCCGUUUAUAUUUCAUUUGUUUAAACUUUAUAUAUAUUUUUCUUCUGAGUUUCAUUUUCAUCCACGAAGGUUACUAAAAUAUGUCUUUUUAUUUUAAUUAAGCAUAUAAAAUGGCAUGUUAGUUCAUUGUUUUUAAUACUUAUAUUACUUAUUUUACAAACUUCGCUUCGUGAUUUUAUUCC